ACGUCACGUUGGAGGCGCGGCUUAGUUGCGGUCAAACAAACUGCAGCUGCCGCGGGAGGCGCUUUCGCGACGCUCGCCGCUUUUCCGACGAAGCGCCCGCCCGGGUCGCGUCGCGUCGCACCUCCGCGUCGACGAGGACGAGCGGGGCCGCUUUGCGCCCGAGCCGCGUCAACAUUCGGGAGCUUUGUCCGCAAACGUCGUCGCUAGCGGGCGCUUUGGCCGGCGAGCUAGCCGGCCUAGCAUGAGUCGCUCGCUCGCUCGCUCGCUCCUCUCGGGACGCGCCGUCCCAAACGUUCCGCUCGGCGACGAACCGCCGGCGCCGCGCCGCGCCCGCUCCGACCCCCUUCGACGUCGUCUGAGAGAAACGAUGGAGCGAGCCGCUUCGUCGAGCUAGCCAGCGCGAGCCGAGUCGAGCCUCUUUGUUCCCUCCUCAGGUUAGCUUAGCCUUCCUUGUUCGGCCCGCAUCUCCGUCCGCGGCUGCCGAGCGAAUCGCGCACGUCGGUGACCUUGGACUCGCCGCCAUGGACGCGAUCGUCUUGCUCCUCUUAGCCGGAGGCGUGGGAGCUUCUCAGAGGAACGAAAAUGUUUUGGUGUCGGGGAUCUCGAACGCGUGCGGCGACUCGUCGGAGCUUCUGCGAGCGUCCAGCGGGGUCAUCGCCAGUCCCGGUUGGCCCUUCCGGUACCCGGCCCUCCUCAACUGCAGCUGGAACAUCCGGGGCCGACCCGGCGACCUGGUCACCGUCAGCUUCCAGGACUUCGACCUGCACGGAUCGCACCCCUGCUCGUCGGACUGGAUGUCCAUCAGCAGCUACAAGAACCUGGACGGUCUGAGGGUGUGCGGCUCCUCCCUGCCGCCUCCUUACAUCUCGUCGCAGGACCACGUCUGGAUCCGCUUCCGCUCGGACGAGGCUCUGACGGGAAAGGGCUUCCGGCUGUCCUACGUGACGGGCCAGCCAGAUGUCGCCAGCUGCGACGCGGACCAGUUCCACUGCUCCAACGGGAAGUGCAUCCCCGACCGGUGGCGCUGCAACUCCAUGGACGAGUGCGGCGACAAUUCGGACGAGGACCUGUGCGCCGACUCGCCGUUCUCCUUCCAGCCCUGCGGCCCGGACCAGUUCCCUUGCUUGUCCCGCUACACGCGAAUCUACACCUGCUUACCUCGCAGCCUGCGUUGCGACGGCAGCAUCGACUGCCAGGACCUGGGAGAUGAAAUCGACUGCCUCGCGCCGACCUGCGGCGAACGCUUCAGGAACUUCUACGGCUCCUUCAGCUCUCCCAACUAUCCCGACUUCUACCCCCCGGGAAGCAACUGCACCUGGCUGAUUGACACCGGAGACCACAGGAAGGUGGUCCUGCGCUUCACGGAUUUCAAACUGGACGGCACGGGCUACGGCGACUACGUGAAGGUCUACGACGGUCCGGAGGAGAACCCGCAGCGCCUUCUGCGGGUUCUGACGGCCUUCGACUCGAGGGCGCCGGUCACGGUGGUGUCGUCUUCCGGACAGCUGCGCGUCCAUUUCCACGCCGACAAGAUCAACGCCGCCAGAGGCUUCAACGUCACCUACCAGGUGGACGGCUUCUGCCUGCCCUGGGAGGUCCCUUGCGGGGGCAGCUGGGGCUGCUACGGCGAGCGGCAGCGCUGCGACGGCUACUGGCACUGCCCCAACGGCCGCGACGAGUCCAACUGCUCGGCGUGUCGGGAGGACGAGUUCCCCUGUUCCCGAAACGGCGCCUGCUACCCUCGGUCGGACCGCUGCAACUACCAGAACCGCUGCCCCAACGGGUCCGACGAGAAGAAUUGCCUCUUCUGCCAGCCCGGAAACUUCCACUGCAAGAACAACCGUUGCGUGUUUGAGUCGUGGGUGUGCGACGCCCAGGACGACUGCGGCGACGGCAGCGACGAGGAGGAUUGUCCCGUCGUGGUCCCCACCCGGGUGAUCACGGCGGCCGUCAUCGGCAGCCUGGUCUGCGGCCUGCUGCUGGUCAUCGCGCUGGGGUGCACCUGUAAACUGUACUCGCUGCGCAUGUUUGAACGCAGGUCGUUCGAGACGCAGUUGUCCAGGGUGGAGGCGGAGCUGCUGAGAAGGGAAGCCCCGCCCUCCUACGGCCAGUUGAUCGCUCAGGGAUUGAUCCCGCCCGUGGAGGACUUCCCGAUCUGCUCCGGGAGUCAGGCGUCCGUUCUGGAAAACCUGCGGCUGGCGGUCCGUUCUCAGCUGGGCUUCACCUCGCUCGGCCUCCCUUCCGCCGGUCGCCGCGGCAACCUGUGGCGCGGCCUCUUCAACUUCUCCCGCUCGCGCCGCUCGGGGUCUUUGGCUCUGGUCUCCGCCGACCUGGAGGACGGCGGCGGCGGCGCGGCGAGUUCCGCUUCGGAGCCGCCGUCCCCGGACUCGGACGACGCGGACGCGGAAAGCCAGAGGGACGGGGAGCGGGGCGUCGGGCCGCCGCCGGACCGGUCGCGGCGGAGAGCGCCGAGCCGGGCGCCGAGUGUCACGGCGACGCCUCCCGGUUCCCGACCCCGCCCGCCCGCUCUGCGCCGCCUGACCCAAAAUCUGCACCGCUUGGCCAGGAACCUGAUGACGCCGGGUCUCGUCUGGCCCGACCGGACUCGGACCGGUCGCAGUCCGCUACGCCGGCCGGACGCGGCGGGGGGCGGGGCGGAGCCGACCGAGCGGCCGAGGAGCGGAGACGAAGACGAAGACGUGGAACUUUUAAUCCCGGAAUCGUCCCCGUCGUUCGACGACCUUGCUCAGAAGACGCGACGGCACGGCGCGAGCUCCGCGCGGGCCGGCUGGGACGGACCUUGCGAACGCUGCGGCAAAGUUCACACCGCCCGGGUCCCGGACACGUGCCUGGAGGUCGGGGGCAAGAUGGAGAGCAGCGACGAUGAGCUGCUUCAGCUAUGCUAACAAGCCACGGAGGGCGGGCUGACCUACCAACGGUCCAAAGGUACGAGCGCGAGCGCGACGGCUUGCGUUGGCCUCGCCGCGCUAACAUCGCUAGCGGCGGAGACGCGAUCCCUUGUGACCGACAACGACAUGGCGGCCCCGCGGACCCGCAGACCCGCUUCCUUUGUCUCGGGCCUCAUGCUGAUCACUUCCUUUUCCGCAUUUGUUCCUCCGCCGGAAACGGAUCCGUGUGACCUGUGAUAUUUCCGUCGUUCUCCGGGGACCCUCACAGCAAGAGCCAGACGUUUGCGGCUCGGUGCCAAAUCAAACUGAUGCUCUCAUCUCCCCAAAUUGUCAACGGUGGGGACUCCAACCCAACCGACGUGGUUUGGCGACAAGACGUGAGGGAAAUGUUGCCGUAGUAGAAGUUCCUCGAUGUCUUUUUUUUUUUUUGCGUUCCCGAUUUUGGUACCCGCUCUUAUUUAUUGUUAGCGUUAUUCAAAUUGUGAUGUUCUUUGGCCCGCACGAUCGGUUGAUGUUUGUUUUUUUUCCCUUCGAUUUUCCCAACGGCAUUAUUAAACUUUGAAAUCCC